GUUGUGGGCAGAGGUCGACAACACCAUUCCCUGGUGCCAGCUCUUCUGCGGGAGAUGGGCCGGCUGGUUCCUCCUCAGCAGAUAAGUCAAUCAAAUCCCCAGCCUCUGGAACUGCCGAGAUGGGCAUGCUGCCAAACAUGUCUUAGCAGUUGCCUGUAUGCCCUUUCCAGAUGCAGUUCUUUCAUCAGCAGGUAUUGCAGAUCUGGCUCAAGCUCUGAGACCCCUGUGAGACCGAACAUAGCCUCUCUGCACUCGCAACUCCUCCAGGGUAGGUUCUCCUUCAUCGCCAAACACAAAAUGAUCUGAAAGGCUCUCCCACAGCAAUCCAGGCCCACCAAAGUCAUGUCCCUCAGGAGAGCACUCUGUUGACACCCCUAAAUAUUCCUGCUCUGCAU